AUGAUUAUUAUGGAAGCAUGGGAAGGCCUCUACUUCAUUCUCCACAUGCUGCUGUUUUGUGCAGCUGAGAUUUGUGGCCACAGCAACCCUGUGAUGCAAAAAAUCAUUACUCUAUCUGACUGGUCUACAGUCAACAUGGAUGACCUAUAUAUUACUGGUCACCUGCAGUUCAUCAAGACUGUUAGAUAUCAAUGCAUGGAUCAUAGUGCUUUAGCACCUAUGCCAGCAUCUACUGUUUCUGCUUCUCAGCUGCUGGUGAUUGCUGCCAGACUACCUACUGUAAUGGUAUUAGUGGAGGUUAUGGGGGUAUUGGAUUCACAUUUGAAAAUAGAGAGAGAAAAUAUAGUUGAAGAGUUACUCAAAGAUCUGAAUGGAAUGCUCAAGUGGUGCAUAGAGAUCUUAGGAGAAGGAAGAAACAAAGAAAAAGACAAGCAGAGAGCCAGGACAUAUGUAAAGCUAAGAAUACUAAGGAAUAUGAUAGAAGAAAAACAAAAUGAGUCAGAAGGAAGAGAGAAUGAAAAGACCAGUAAACAGUGUGGUGUCAAAACUCAAGUAUCAACACUACAUCAUAGACCUAGAGAGUUCUUAAGAGGGAAACUUGUUGAUGUCAAGUUUUUAGCUCAGGCUUUCAAGCCCAUCUACAACACACUUAAAGCCUACAUUCAGGACCACAUCUAUAUGGAUAUAGAGCUAUCAAAGAGAUAG